AACAUCUUCAAUGUAUUGCCAUUUCCAAGACACUGGAGAGUGUAACAGCUAGCUAGCUCCAGUCCUGCGUUUUGGGAUGGAUCUGUUGGAGCUCCCCACGCCGAUGAAUGAUCAUGCUGCUUCUCCCCCUUCGGAGCCCAAAGCCAAGAGCUGCGAUCUGUCCCCCGCUAUGAGAGCCAAGAUCGAACGGAACAGACAGCGGGCUGUGAUGCUGAGGCAAGCCCGCCUGGCCAACAGACCAUCGGCAGGAGAAGGGGGUGGAACAUCGGCUAAAGUCGCCAAGACAGUCGACUCUGGUGGAGGGUUCUUCAUUGAAGAAGAAGAGGAGAAGCAAAGGAAAGUGGUGCAUCAACCAGCCCCUGUGAUAAAGGCAGACUACCUGGUGUGUGAUGACUGUGACAAGACGUUUAUGGAUUCCUACCUCAGCAACGGCUUCGAUCUGGCAGUCUGUGACAACUGCAGAGACUACGAGGUUAAACACAAGCUGGUAUCCCGUACGGAGGCUAAGCAGCUCUACCUACUGAAGGACUGUGACCUGGACCAGAGGGAGCCAGUGCUGAGGUUUGUCCUGAGGAAGAACCCACACAACCCUCACUGGGGAGACAUCAAACUCUACCUCAGGCUGCAGGUGGAGAAGCGCUCCUUAGAGGUGUGGGGCUCCGAGGAGGCCCUGGAGGAGGCCAAGGAAGCAAGAGAGGAGAACAGGGAGGUGCAGAAGCAGAAGCGCUUCAACAAAAAAGUCAAAGAGCUGCGUUGUGCGGUGAGGAGAAGCAUGUGGACCAAGGGAACCAGUGCUCACCAGCACGAGUACAGCCCUGAGGAACUAGUGGAUGAAGAGGAGGAUCUCUACAGGAAGGUCUGUAACGCCUGUGGACACGAACUGACCUAUGAGAAGAUGUAGCCUUGUGUCCUUUAAACCUUAUUCCCGGUGGCCCACAGGGGAUUUUUUUGUGGACCACUGUACUUGACACAGGCCUUGAAGCAAGGAGGCCUACCUGAAAUCAUGUCUCAGCACAUGCCAUACACAACGCAGACAUACAUCAAUAUUUCUCUCUUACAAUAUGUUGUGCUCAGAAGCUGGUGAUUGCUGUUAUACUAUAAAAUAUGAACUGUUAUGCAUAUUAACUUCCCUUUUCUAUAGACCAUUUGUAAAAUCAUGUAAUGCCAAAGGAUUUGCAUGUCUGAAAUUACUUUUGAAAUUGUAAUGAAAAAUGCAUAUUUUUCCAUAAUGUGAUCACUUUUUUUUUGCAAUAACUAGAACAUUUAGUUGGAUUACUGUGGAUGGAUAAAGACGGGAUUCAUUCUGGACCGCAGAAGAUCCGCGUUGUAGCGGUAAAAUGAACUUGCCUCAUUAUUCUGAGGUUGGUGGUUCAAACCCCAUUUAAUAUUUUUCACAAUUCUAAAUAUUUAAAGAGAACAUUUAAAUGUCAGAUAGAUUUGAGGGUCAGAUAAGAUCUGUGUUCUGUAAAUCUGGGCCCAUUUUUUCAGAAGCUAUCUGAUCGGAUUUCAGCAAUCGGAUCGGAUUAAAUGCAUAGAAAUAGAAUGACCCGAUUGCUGAAAAAUACGAUCACAUAGCUUUUGAAAAACUGGGCCCAGAUGAGUCAAAGCUCAACUGCUUAGCCUUCCCUGAGUGUUAAGAAACAAUGUGAUGUUGGGUAAAUGUGCAGGUGGCUCAGUGCUUAACUCAACUGUCUUAGUACUCGGAGGUUGUGGGUUCCUAAUAUAGUGUACAGUUAGUGCUUUUGACUGUACUUUACGAUGUCAAAUACACCAACCUGGUCUCAGAGCAUU